AAAAAAUGGUUAACUAUUUAGACUUAUAAUACAACUUGAACACACUUGGUUACAAAUUAAUACAAAAUUAGUUGUUGAUGGUAUAUGUACAUAAGAAAUCCAUUAAGUUAAACUUGUAAGUCGUUUGUUUACAAAGUAUAAGUACUUUGCUCAUUGCUAAUUAAACUAAUCAAUACCGACGAUCUCGACUGAUAUCAACAACAUCGAUAUAUUAAAUAGUACUAACCUCGUAUAAUUGUAGUUGAAGUAAGUUCAGUUUGCUGAUGAAUACUAUACUACUGUGAUCUGUCUAGAAAUAAUCACAUGUUCCCAAAUAACCAACAUCAUUCUCAGCACCACAUGCUUUCAUAAUCGUCAUUUGUCACCAUCAAAUCUUCCUCUUUCUAACCAUAUCAUAGAACUAUAACAUCAUAGCUCAUCAACCAUAUACAAGUCUCUUUACUUCUCACACAAGGAAACAAUUUACAGAGAAUCUAAAACUCUAAACACACAUUGUUGAUGGAGACCUUUGUCUUCGUCUGGCUACUUCUCAUCUUCUUCACACACUUGGCUUCAUCUCUAACACAAGACUUCUCUUUCAUUGGCUUCAAAAAAGCCUCUCCAAAUCUAAUCAUGUCAGGAGUUACAGAGAUAGCCAGCACUGGGGCCAUCAGGCUCACAACGGACACAAGUCGCGUGAUUGGUCACGCCUUCUACUCCUUACCAAUCCGUUUCAAGCCACCCGGUCAAAAUCGAGCUCUUUCUUUCUCCACCUCUUUUGUAAUCGCCAUGGUUCCAGAGUACGUCACGCUUGGAGGUCAUGGACUUGCCUUCACCAUCACGCCAACUCCAAAUCUCCAAGGCUCUCUUUCUAGCCAGUACUUAGGGAUUUUGAACUCAAGCCGAGCUAACGUCUCUAGCCACUUCUUCGCUGUGGAGUUCGAUACCGUCAAGGAUUUGGAGUUUGAGGACAUCAAUGAUAACCAUGUCGGAAUCGAUAUAAACAGUUUGGAGUCAAGUGCUUCAACUCCAGCUGCUUAUUUUCUCCCAAACUCAACGAAGAAAGAGCUGUUCCUCGACAGUGGUAGAGUGAUUCAAGCUUGGAUUGAUUACGAUUCAAACAAGAAAAGGUUAGAUAUUAAGCUUUCUCCACUCUCUGAGAAACCAAAGUUGUCUCUUCUCUCUUACAAUAUAGAUCUGUCCUCUGUCGUUGGAGAUGAAAUGUAUGUUGGAUUCUCUGCUUCGACCGGUUUGCUAGCUAGUUCCCAUUACAUCUUAGGUUGGAACUUUAACAUGAGUGGAGAAGCUUUGUCUCUGUCUCUACCGUCUCUCCCUAGGGUUCCACGUCCACUCAAGAAGAAGAAGAGCCCCGGCUUGAUCCUAGGAGUAUCUCUCUCGUGUUCCCUUUUGGUCAUAGCGGGUCUUGUCGCCGCAGUUAUGUUUGGUAUUAAAAAGGUCAAAGAUGAAGACAGAGUUGAAGAGUGGGAGCUUGACUUUGGUCCGCAUAGAUUCUCUUAUAAAGAGCUGAAGAAAGCUACGAAUGGUUUUGCGGACAAGGAGCUUCUCGGGUCUGGUGGAUUCGGGAAAGUAUACAAAGGGAAGCUUCCAGAUUCAGAAGAGUUUGUAGCUGUCAAAAGAAUCUCUCACGAGUCAAGACAAGGUGUACGAGAGUUCAUGUCUGAAGUCUCGAGCAUUGGUCACCUCAGGCAUAGGAAUCUUGUUCAGUUGCUAGGUUGGUGUCGAAGACGACAGGAUUUGCUCCUGGUCUAUGACUUCAUGCCUAAUGGAAGCUUAGACAUGUACUUGUUCGGUGAAACCCCUAAAGUUAUCUUGACUUGGGACCAACGCUUCAAAAUUAUCAAAGGGGUUGCUUCUGCUUUACUCUACUUGCAUGAAGGAUGGGAACAAACCGUUAUUCACCGCGAUAUUAAAGCCGCAAACGUUUUAUUAGACGGUGAUAUGAACGGGCGUGUUGGAGAUUUCGGUCUUGCUAAGUUAUAUGAGCAUGGAUCGAACCCUGGAGCUACAAGAGUGGUUGGUACGUUUGGGUACUUAGCUCCAGAACUUACUAAAUCAGGAAAGUUAACAACAAGCACUGAUGUUUAUGCGUUUGGUGCGCUUCUAUUGGAAGUAGCUUGCGGGAGAAGACCGAUUGAGACAAAUGCGUUACCGGAAGAGCUUGUAAUGGUUGAUUGGGUUUGGUCAAGGUGGCAAAGUGGAGACAUUAGAGAUGUUGUGGACAGGAGAUUGAACAGUGAGUAUGAUGAAGAUGAAGUGGUUAUGGUUAUCAAACUAGGCCUUCUUUGUUCGAACAACUCACCUGAAGUUCGACCUACGAUGAGACAAGUGGUUAUGUAUCUCGAGAAGCAGUUCCCGUCGCCGGAAGUUGUCCCUGCGCCGGAUUUUUUAGAUGCAAAUGAUAGUAUGUGUCUUGAUGAUGGAAGCGGUAAUAUUAAUGCUGGCGAGUUUGAGGACUUUGUGGACUCAGCUAGGUUUUAUAGUGGACCGAAUCCGACUACUAGUUCGUCUAUAUUCUCAUUUGGGGGUAAAGCUAAAACCGAUGGGAGAUGAUGGAUGCUUAAGGUUAUUUUAAAAGCAUUUUGGUCACUUUUAUGUACAAUAUUUCACCAUGGAAAAUGUAAGAUGUAUGCUACAUAUAUGAAAAUGUGUUUAUUAUAAAAAAAAUAAUAUGAAAUUUCUCAAAUGAAACAGUUUAAAACAUCAAACCAUGCAGUGAUAGUGUAGUGGUGCGCAGACGAUUGAGUUUGAAAGCUUAGAUUCGAGGGCAUUCCAUUAUAUUCCAUCAGAUGGUCACUCGGAUAUUAUAUAUUGUUUGAGGACCAUUUGAAUACUCGGAAAAAUGGUUCAUCCGUGAACUGUAUUUCUUCUUAGAAAUUAGGUAUAUUUCCACAGGUUUUUGAUACUUUCAAAUUAACUUUUAAAAAAUUAAAACCUCAUGAAAAAUUGAGAACUCUUUACAUGGAGAUACAUGUUUCUUUACAAUUUUUAUUAUCUAUGUAUCAAGAUUCAAGAUCCGCGGUCUAAAUUAUAACUAUAUAACUAGAUUUUGACCCGCCCUUUAGGGUAUAGUUUUUGUUUUAUAUUUUUUUUUAAAUUUAAUUUUUAUAUUAGUAUUUUUAGUCAUAUUUGUGUUUUUUUUUUGUAUAAUAUUUCUCCUAAAUGAUUAAUAUGAGGUUGUAAUAAUUGUAUUAAAAUAGUUGGACCAUACCUAUAUCAAUAGGUCAUGUUCUUGUUUUAAUAGAAUAGAUUGUCGAAAUAAUAGUUGGACUCUACUUUUAUCAAUUGGUCACACUGCUGUUUUAAUAGAAUAGAUAGUAGUGUUUUAAUUGAUAAGAAGACGAUGCUUAUUAAGCGGGAUUUGCCAAAUAUGACUCAAAACUUGAUUUUAAAUGCAAAAUUAUAUAUCCAAACUUAAAUCAAAUACAAAACUAACCUAAAAGCCUUGUGAGAUUACAGCCAACCUCUUGCGA